GGCAAAAAACGAAAACAUCUGUCUCCCAUAUAAAUUCAGCCUGCGAGAGAGUGCCACGCCAUUCCUUCGAAUAUACAAUUUAUAAGGCUGUAUGUGUUCGUCUUUCUAUCUGCUGCGGCUGCAUUUCAAUCGUCGUGAAAGAACGCCGGCUACAAUCCGUGGUCCAGGCAACGAGCAAUGAUGACCAAUUGAUGGAUUUAGCGCAUUGCGAGGAAAUACAAACGAAGAAAUAAAAUUGCCUGUGUGGAAGCGACAUUUUUGUUUCCAUCACGCAUCACCACAACCACACUAACUAGAGAGCUGUUGGAAGAUAGAGGCGGUAUAUCGCUGUGUGGUAUUUUGUGGGGGUACAUUGGCAUCUAGUCACAGAGUUGCAUCGAUCUGUUGGUCCUGCCUGCCUGCCUGAUCAGGACAUCCAGUAACGAUGGAGCACGUUUCCAAGCUCCGUAUGAAUCUCGAGAAGCAGGAGAGCCUGGUGAAGCUGGGUAUUCUCACAACGGCUGCGAUUCUCUCGUUCUCGACGCGUCUAUUCUCGGUGCUGCGAUUCGAGAGUGUCAUCCAUGAGUUCGAUCCGUAUUUCAACUAUCGAACGACAAAGUUCCUGGCCGAGCAGGGCUUCUACAACUUCCACAACUGGUUCGAUGAUCGGGCGUGGUACCCGCUGGGAAGAAUCAUCGGUGGUACGAUCUAUCCGGGGUUGAUGGUAACCUCGGCCACCCUGUAUCGUAUCAUGUGGCUGUUGAAUAUCACCGUGGACAUCAGGAAUGUCUGCGUAUUCUUGGCCCCGUUCUUCUCGUCGCUUACGACUAUUGUCACGUAUUUGCUGACUAAGGAAAUCUACACUACUGGGGCCGGAUUGGUGGCGGCAGCAAUGAUCUCAAUUGUUCCGGGAUACAUCUCCCGAUCGGUGGCCGGUUCGUACGAUAACGAAGGUAUUGCCAUCUUCUGUAUGCUGUUGACCUACUAUAUGUGGAUCAAGGCGGUGAAAACGGGAGCUAUCUUCUGGGCCACAAUGGCAGCAUUGGCCUAUUUCUACAUGGUGUCCUCCUGGGGAGGCUACGUGUUCCUGAUCAACUUGAUCCCGCUGCACGUGCUGGCUUUGAUGGCCACUGGUCGAUUCACGCAUAGGGUGUACAUCGCCUACAGCACCCUCUACACCAUCGGAACGAUCCUGUCGAUGCAGAUUUCCUUCGUUGGAUUCCAACCCGUCCAAAGCUCAGAACAUAUGCUGGCCUUCGGUGUGUUCGGCCUCUGCCAGCUGCACGCCUUUGUCGACUACGUCCGCUCUCGUGUUUCGAAGGAACACUUUGAAAUAAUGUUCAACGCGCUGGUCGUCUCGAUCGCCACGAUCACCGUCCUGCUGAGCUUGAUUCUCACGCUGACCGGCAAAAUUUCACCAUGGACCGGACGCUUCUACUCGCUGCUGGAUCCGUCCUACGCCAAGAAUCACAUUCCCAUCAUCGCAUCCGUAUCCGAGCAUCAACCGACCUCGUGGUCGUCGUUUUAUUUCGACUUGCAGAUUUUGGUGUUCCUGUUCCCAGCCGGUUUGUACUUCUGCUUCUCGAAGCUUUCCGAUGCCAACAUUUUCAUCAUCCUGUACGGGGUCACUUCCAUCUACUUUGCGGGCGUCAUGGUCCGUUUGAUGUUGGUGCUGGCGCCGGUGAUGUGCGUCCUGUCGGGAAUUGCCAUUUCCCACCUGCUGAGCAAAUACAUCCGUAACGUGGACACCAGCGGCAGCAGUGCGGGUGGUUCUAAGCCACUCGACGCCAAGAAGGCCAAAAAGUACGAACAGCAAUCGCCGAUGAAGAGCGAAAUCGCCAACGCCUUUGUGGUGGUUAUUACGCUGCUGCUGAUCACCUACACAUUCCACUGCACGUGGGUCACUUCGGAGGCGUACAGUUCGCCCAGUAUUGUGCUGAGCGCUCGGUCCCACGAUGGAGGACGGAUCAUCUUUGACGACUUCCGUGAAGCUUAUUAUUGGUUGCAGAUGAACACACCGGAGGAUGCUCGCGUAAUGUCGUGGUGGGAUUACGGCUACCAAAUAACGGCCAUGGCGAACCGGACCAUUCUGGUGGACAAUAACACGUGGAACAAUACGCACAUUUCGCGGGUCGGUCAAGCGAUGGCCUCGACUGAAGACAAGGCUUACGAAAUUAUGAAGGAGCUGGACGUCGAUUACGUGUUGGUCAUCUUUGGUGGAUUGACUGGUUACUCUUCCGAUGACAUCAACAAGUUCCUUUGGAUGGUCCGGAUCGGCGGAAGCACGGACCGUGGGGCCCACAUCAAGGAAACCGACUACUAUGCCUCGAGCGGCGAUUUCCGCAUCGACAAGGAAGGAUCGCCCACUCUGCUCAACUGUUUGAUGUACAAAAUGUGCUACUACCGGUUCGGCCAGGUGUACACCGAGGGAGGCAAGGCGCCUGGCUACGAUCGGGUACGUGGUGCCGAAAUUGGCAACAAAGACUUUGAGCUGGACGUUCUGGAAGAGGCAUACACGACCGAACACUGGCUGGUUCGAAUCUACAAAGUGAAAGACUUGAGCAAUAGAGGCGUUUAGAAAUCUUUGUUCACGGUACCCGUACGAAUGAAAAAAAAAAUUAAAACAUUAUUUCAAUCGACUUUCCUAUGACUCAAAAUUUACCCUUAAAGAAUUGUGUACUCAAAUUGAUACUUUGUAGGUUUCGACAAAUAAUUUCUACGAUCUUUUUUCAUACAACUUUAAAGCAUACAAACGCACCCCGCAAACCACGAGUCCUAGAUAGUGUGUUAUAACUAGAAUAUGCAAUUGAAGCUCAGCAAAUGUUGGGCAAACAAUGACAUGAUUACAAACAAAUGAAAAUCACUACAAACAAGCGAAUAAAUUAGUCUGCCACAAAAAGAACAAAUGAAGAAAAAACUGGUAAUUUUAACACAUUUUUUAUAUACGUAUGGUAAUAUACGCGCAUUGAACUAAGCAGAAUUUGUGCAUUUAUAAUUGCUAGAAAAUCCUUGUUUGUAUCAGUUUACCGGAAUACAUAAACAAGCGCAAAAGGACGAAUACUGAAAAUAAAAUUAACACCACAAAACCCAA